AUGAAGGCUUUCCACUCUUUCAAUGCAGGUUUGCCACUGAGGCUGGUAAGCGGUGGUGACCGGUGUCAGGGCCGCGUGGAGGUCCUGUACCAAGGCUAUUGGGGCACCGUGUGUGAUGACAACUGGGACACCCAGGACGCAGAUGUCGUCUGUCGGCAGCUCGGCUGUGGCCUUGCGGUGUCGGCGCCAGGCGGAGCCCGCUUUGGUCAGGGCUCAGGGAACAUUCUCUUGGGCUCCGUAUACUGCUCAGGAUGGGAGCCCUACCUGUCAAGCUGCUCCCACAGCGGGUGGUACAACCAUGACUGUGGCCACAGGGAAGACGCCGGAGUUGUGUGCUCAGGGCCUGAAUUGGGUUUGGUCCUGAGGCUGGUGAGUGGUGGUGACUGGUGUCAGGGCCACAUGGAGGUCCUGUACUGAGGCUCCUGCACCGUGUGUGAUGAUAACUGGGACACCAAUGAUGGCAAUGUGGUCUGUAGGCAGCUGAACUGUGGCUGGUCCACGUUGGCCCCAGGAGAUGCUAGGUUUGGUCAAGGCUCAGGGCCAAUUGUCCUGGACAAUGUGCGCUGCUCAGAGCAUGAGUCCUACCAGUGGAUCUACCCUUACAAUGUCUGGUACUCAUACAACUGUGGCCAUACUCCUAUGGACGCUGGUGUCAUCUGUUCAGCUGCUCAGUCCCAGUCCACAAUACAGCAAGGUGAGUCCUUGUACCCUACUUGGAAUGGGGAUGAGACAGGUUUGGCCCUGAGGCUGGUGAAUGGAGGUAACUGGUGUCAAGGCCGCGUGGAGGUCCUGUACCAAGGCUCUUGGGGCACCGUGUGUGAUGACGACUGGGACACCAAUGACGCCAACGUGGUGUGCAGGCAGCUGGGCUGUGGCUGGGCCAUGUCGGCCCCAGGAAGUGCCCGGUUUGGUCAGGGAUACGGGCCCAUUUUCCUUGACAACGUGCACUGCUCUGGGCAUGAGUCUAACCUAUGGCACUGCCCCCACAAUGGCUGGAACUCGCACAACUGUGUCCACGGGGAGGACGCCAGUGUCAUCUGCUCAG